UUUCCGAUUUCAGGGAACGCACCACCACAUCUCCCGGUUCUCCAUCUUUCUCCAACCAAGCAAAGGACCAACCUGCGUCUUGUACACACUGGAAUAUUCUCCCGCUGACAUACACUUUGCUAGACUGAAAGGACCACAAUCAUGACAGACUCCAAAUAUUUCACAACAAACAAAAAAGGUGAGAUCUUUGAAUUGAAGGCAGAGCUGAACAAUGAGAAGAAGGAGAAGCGAAAAGAAGCAGUAAAGAAGGUCAUUGCUGCUAUGACUGUCGGCAAGGAUGUCAGCUCCUUGUUCCCAGACGUGGUUAACUGCAUGCAGACUGACAACCUGGAGCUGAAGAAGCUGGUCUACCUCUACCUAAUGAACUAUGCCAAAAGCCAGCCUGACAUGGCCAUCAUGGCCGUGAACAGCUUUGUCAAGGACUGUGAGGACCCCAACCCUCUGAUCCGGGCUCUUGCUGUCCGCACCAUGGGCUGCAUCCGAGUGGACAAGAUAACAGAGUACCUGUGUGAGCCGCUGAGGAAGUGCCUCAAGGACGAGGACCCAUACGUGAGGAAGACAGCGGCUGUUUGUGUGGCUAAACUGCAUGACAUCAAUGCUCAGAUGGUGGAGGACCAGGGCUUUCUGGACUCCCUGAGAGAUCUCAUUGCUGACUCGAAUCCCAUGGUCGUGGCCAAUGCAGUUGCUGCCCUUUCAGAGAUCAGUGAGUCUCACCCUAACAGCAACCUGCUGGACCUGAAUCCCCAGAACAUCAACAAGCUGCUGACGGCCCUCAACGAGUGCACAGAGUGGGGUCAGAUCUUCAUUCUGGACUGCCUGUCCAACUACAACCCCAAGGAUGAGCGAGAAGCCCAGAGCAUCUGCGAGCGGGUCACCCCUCGCCUUUCUCAUGCCAACUCGGCGGUGGUCCUGUCAGCUGUCAAGGUCCUGAUGAAGUUCCUAGAGCUGCUGCCGAAGGACUCUGACUAUUACAACACACUGCUGAAGAAGUUGUCCCCCCCGCUGGUUACCUUGCUCUCUGGAGAGCCGGAGGUCCAGUAUGUGGCUCUGAGGAACAUCAACCUCAUUGUCCAGAAGAGGCCUGAGAUCCUGAAGCAGGAGAUCAAGGUGUUCUUUGUCAAAUAUAACGACCCCAUCUAUGUGAAACUGGAGAAACUGGACAUCAUGAUCCGCUUGGCCUCCCAGGCCAACAUUGCUCAGGUUUUGGCUGAACUGAAGGAAUAUGCCACAGAGGUAGAUGUUGACUUUGUGCGUAAGGCUGUGCGCGCCAUCGGUCGCUGUGCCAUCAAAGUUGAGCAAUCCGCUGAGCGCUGUGUCAGCACCCUGCUGGACCUCAUCCAGACUAAGGUGAACUACGUGGUUCAGGAGGCUAUUGUAGUCAUCAGGGACAUUUUCCGCAAGUACCCAAACAAGUAUGAAAGUAUCAUUGCUACUCUGUGUGAGAAUCUCGACUCCCUGGAUGAGCCGGAUGCUCGAGCUGCCAUGAUUUGGAUCGUGGGAGAGUAUGCAGAAAGGAUCGAUAACGCUGACGAGUUGCUGGAGAGCUUCCUCGAGGGCUUCCACGAUGAGAGCACCCAGGUCCAGCUCACUCUGUUGACUGCCAUCGUCAAGUUGUUCCUUAAGAAGCCAUCCGAGACUCAGGAACUGGUGCAGCAGGUCCUCAGCUUGGCUACGCAGGACUCCGACAACCCUGACCUCCGUGACAGGGGCUACAUUUAUUGGCGGCUGUUGUCGACUGACCCCGUGACUGCCAAAGAGGUGGUGCUGUCAGAAAAGCCCCUGAUCUCCGAGGAGACAGACCUGAUUGAGCCCACCCUGCUAGAUGAGCUGAUCUGCCACAUUGGGUCCCUGGCCUCGGUCUAUCACAAACCACCCAGUGCCUUUGUGGAGGGAAGCCAUGGAAUCCACCGGAAACACCUUCCUGUUCAGCACAGCAGCAUCGACACAGGUGAGAGCCCAGUGAGUAGUGGGCCAGCCGCCACCGCCAUGGACCAACCACAUGUGAUCCCCAGCCAGGGUGACCUGCUGGGUGACCUUCUGAACCUGGACCUUGGCCCUCCAGUUAAUGUACCCCAGGUCUCCUCAAUGCAGAUGGGUGCAGUGGACCUUCUCGGAGGAGGCUUGGACAGUUUGCUGGGGGGAGACCUGGGCGGAGGUGUUGGGGGAAGUCCAGCAGUUGGCCAGAACUUCAUACCAUCAUCUGUCCCGAGUACUUUUGCUCCGUCACCUACACCUGCUCCUCCAGCUGUCAGCAGCGGCCUCAACGACCUGUUUGAGCUUUCCACCGGCAUGGCCGUCACCACCGGAGGCUACAUAGCUCCAAAAGCUGUUUGGCUUCCAGCAGUAAAAGCAAAGGGACUGGAGAUCUCUGGAACCUUCUCACGCCGCCAGGGCCACAUGUACAUGGACAUGACCUUCACCAACAAGGCCCUGCAACACAUGACUGACUUUGCUAUCCAGUUUAACAAGAACAGUUUUGGGAUGAUCCCCACUAGUCCUCUGCCAGUUCACACUCCACUGAUGCCCAAUCAGAGCAUUGAGGCCUCUUUGCCUCUUAACACAAUUGGGCCUGUCAUGAAGAUGGAUCCACUCAAUAAUCUCCAGGUAGCUGUAAAGAACAACAUCGAUGUCUUCUACUUCAGCGUACUCAUCCCUCUCAACAUAUUCUUUGUUGAGGAUGGAAAAAUGGAGCGACAGGUGUUCCUGGCUACAUGGAAAGAUAUCCCCAAUGAAAACGAGCUGCAGUACCAGAUAAAGGACUGUCAUCUAAACGCAGACACAGUGUCAGGGAAGCUGCAGAACAACAACAUCUACACCAUUGCCAAAAGAAACGUAGAAGGCCAGGACAUGCUCUACCAGUCUCUCAAGCUAACCAACGGAAUCUGGAUCCUGGCUGAGCUCCGCAUUCAGCCUGGGAACCCCAAUUACACGCUUUCUCUCAAGUGUCGGGCCCCUGAAGUGUCUCAGUACGUCUACCAGAUGUACGACUCCGUGCUGAAGAACUGACCCGUCCAGCCAGACGGCGUCUCUGCUUCAACAAACAUCGUUUCUUCAUUUUGUGUGUCUGACUGCCAGAACAAGAGAAACCAAACCGCAUAUGAUGAAUGGUUAAUAAUCUGAAAUAUUGGGUGUUUUCCUCUGAGACAUCAGCAGGUCAGUUUAUAAAAAGUUAGUGUGAGAAAUCGUCGUGUGGUUCAGCAGCUUGUUAUGGUUCCUUUUUUAUUUUAUUUGCCAUUUAAUAGUGUUAUUAAAUCCUUGAAUUCCACUCCAUGUUUAUGUUUACCUCCCAGUAAAAAUCUAUCUAUUCCAUCCAUAAGUGAGUGUCUUAACGUCGUGACUGAUGGUGAAACUGGCCUAAGAGAGGAGGGGAAAGAUCCCCGUCUCACACAGCCGGUUUGUUUUUUUCCUUUUUUGCUUUGCAAGUUUUUUUCUGGUUCAGAUUUAUUUUUGAUACUGGUUUUGCUUCAGUCUUACCUUUUGAAAACAAUACCAAUGUUAACUGUUUUCUUUUGCCUUAAAUAUGAAAUGCGUUGCAACCAGGAGCUACUGCUGUUUUUUCCUGUUACAACAUCUUUCAAAUUUCAUGGGUUAUAUUCAAAAUCUGAGCAGCAUUUAUAAACCAACAUUCCUUUUUCCUUCACUACGUGUAAAAUACUGUUAGACUUGUACAACUUCAGAAAGCUGAAAAGAGAAAACCAGAGAUAAACGCUGUGAGAGCCUCAGUAAAACUCUGGUAUAACUUUGAAAUCCUGGUGUUUCUUUUCCCGUUUAAUAAAAAGUUUAAUGGCUGCAUUAACAGCACGAUGAUCAAAUUAAAGCAGGCCCCACAUGGAUCUCUAUUCACUAACAUCUUUCACUCUUAAUCCAUCCUGUGUGAGGAGACGUUUAAGUGGAGAGAUUCAAACUAAAGAUGCUUUUGAUUAAAGAUGAUGCAACACUUAAGAAGAAAAUCACCAUUAAACUCUGUUUUCAAACUUCUCUAUCCACAAACCAAAGCAGCUGUUAAGGAUGUAAAUAGCAUUCCCAUCCUGUUAAAAAAUGACAUGAAAAUCUUUAAGCAUCCCAUCUACUGCACACCUUUAGGCUUUCAUUGUCAUUCCUUUUUAUUGUGCAUCUACCUCCACAUUUUUUCUUGCUUUAUUGCUGCAGUAAGUCCGCUUCAACGUUUAUUCUUCUUAAAUGCUAAAUAUUUUCGAGUCUUCAUACGAGUCUAAACCAGCCAGCCAAACCAAACUCACAGGACCAAGCAUUCGUGCAGCUUACAUGCUAAGCUCAUGUUUUAAUGAUGUAUUGUUAUUCUAACCUGAUGUUGGCUUUUGUGUGUGAUUAUAUGAAUAUAAGCCCGUAGGCAGUUGUUGUGUGGUCCAGUGAUAGUGUAUUUUGUGUAGUAAAUUAAACUUUUAUCACACUGGAAAUUAAAGCAUUUCCUGUCUAUUCAACAAAGAGCUUUUUCAGUGUGCUAGCUGUGUGUGUGGCACCACUUUCAUUCAUGCUAAUGCAAAACACACACGCCUGCAUGAGCUCCUUCACACUUUUCAUCCUCGCUGUGGAAUUUCUGUUUUAAAUCUGUAGUCUUGUGUUUUCACACAUACUAAGUGUAGAAGUGCAUGUAAAGCUUACCAGCAAUGGGAACUUCAUGUACUACUUUGGAAAUUGACGUUUCAAGAGUCAUUGCUGCCUGUUCUUAAAUGAUCAGCUGUUGCUACAGCAAACCAGAAUAAAACUCUACACAACCA